ACCCACACCGGCCCUUUCUGGAUAAGAUUGAGGACCCCUGAUCUAGGAGGUCUCUCAUCAAGGGACAACGAAACCUAACCUUAUUUACCUUUGGUCAUCUGACAGAAGUGUAUUUCUGGGUGGUGUGACUGCUGAAUGUUUGGGGCUUUAUUAAUCAAAGAGUUAUUCUUAUAUGUGUGUUCUUAUAUCAUUAUGGCCCAAGAUAAAAAUAUAGUUGUGUUUUAGUAUCUGUCGUACAAAUUUUUCAUUUUGGCCAAGAUGCACAAUAGCAUCAUUAGGCCACUAACAUUUUCAUUUCAGUAGAUUAAAACCCCAUGCAAUUGAUAUGCAUUUUCAAAAAGAGGGUUUCACUAACAUGUUAUAUUGCAUUAGGAAAAUUUAAAGUAUUUUCUCAUUGGCUUUGAGUCCAGAGGCUUUGUUGUACCUGGCUAUAAGAACAAAGUUGUUGACCCCACAUUUGGACAUCAAUGAGAAAGUGUGAGAAGGCAAUGGAAAACAACUUGAAAGCAAUUUGGAUUAAAUGCUUAGCCAAGGGUACAAUGGCAAAGCACCAUCAGGGAACCUAACCUAAAACCUCAAAUUUGGCCAUCAUGCUAUGCUGCUGCCCCAGCGUAUCGCCUGAACAUAGUUUAAAGGGGACAUGAACAUUGUUGCUUUUUGGCCAACUGUUCUGUACAAUCACUUUUUUGAACAUUGUUUUUUUUUUGUUUGAAAUCACAUGUCCCAUGGUUUCGGUCUAGCUAAAAGAAAGUUUAUUCAGCUGGUACUGUAGCUGUUACAAACUGGUUUGUGCCAGUAGCUGUGUUACAUACUCAACUUCUUGCUGUUUGCUAAGCAGUAGCCACAAUCUGGGCCAAGCACAGACAUUGUAAUGGUAGGUAACGAGUUACAUAAUGUGGUUAUUCACAGAUUUGUUCCUCGUUCAAGGUCAAUCACCCUUCACCAGUGGGUUGAGGUUACCUCUGGUGCAUCUCUUUUUAUUCUUAAGAAACCGAAGUGAUACUUUUGGUUUCUUCAACAUAUUUCCUCUUUAACUUCUGCAUUUAUCACUUCCCGACUUUUUAAAGUAAAACAGUGUAUAAAUAGAGGACGACUGUCCUCGCACUCUCUAUUUGUAAUCCCUCUGUAAACUCACCUGCUAUUCAUUGAAACAUGGAAGAAAACUAUAGCCACACUGAAAUAAUUCUCUCUGAUCUGGACCACAAGAAUGAGGAAUUCUUCUCAGAAACCCCUUCGUGGGCCAGGGAGAAGAGUACCAUUGUCACCCACAGAAUGACCCGGCUCCUGCUGGCCGUGCUCUGCCUCAUCCUGCUGUGUGGCCUCACUGCUCUUGGAGUCCUCUAUGUUGAGAAAAGCAACAUGCUGGGCUCCCUGAAGGCCCAGAAUUCCUCCGCCUCCUUGUUCUCAUUGGAACCACAGAUGGCAGAGAAACAUACAAAAAUGUCAGAUUUUCUAAAGGCUCAAAACAGGAAUCUCUCUGCCUCCCUGGCCUCUGUACUACAGAAACUAGCGGAGAAAAACAGCAUUGUAGAUUCCCUGGAGGCUCAGAACAGGAACAUCACUGUGUCUCUUUCUUCUGUGGAACAAAAACUAACCAAGGAAAUUAGCGUUGCAAAUUCCCUGGAGGACCAGAACAGGAACCUCUCUGCCUCACUCUCCUCUCUGCAACAGAAUCUAGCAGAGAAAAACAGCAUUGUAGAUUCCCUGGAGGCUCAGAACAGGAACAUCACUGUGUCUCUUUCUUCUGUGGAACAAAAACUAAUCAAGGAAAUUAGCGUUUCAAAUUCCCUGGAGGACCAGAACAGGAACCUCUCUGCCUCACUCUCCUCUCUGCAACAGAAUCUAGCAGAGAAAAACAGCAUUGUAGAUUCCCUGGAGGCUCAGAACAGGAACAUCACUGUGUCUCUUUCUUCUGUGGAACAAAAACUAACCAAGGAAAUUAGCGUUUCAAAUUCCCUGGAGGACCAGAACAGGAACCUCUCUGCCUCACUCUCCUCUCUGCAACAGAAUCUAGCAGAAGCUGAGAGACAGUUGCAUGAACUGCAGACCAAUCACAGCGAUCUACUGAAAACUCUUUUGUCUUACAAAGAAAGCAGAGGCUACAGAGAGUGUGGCAGUGGCUGGAGGAAGUACAUGGGGCAGUGCUACUUUUUCUCCACUCAGAAAUUGAACUGGAUGCAAAGUUGUGAUUUUUGCAUGUCAAAGGGGGCUAAACUGGUAAUUAUCGACUUGGAGCAGGAACAGACAUUUCUGUCAUCCAUCAUUAGUGAGACACACUGGAUUGGGCUGAGUGAUCUGAGAACUGAAGGACAGUGGCACUGGGUGGAUGAUAUACCUCUCAGUCAGACAAAACAUCAGUUUUGGUACACAAGGCCAAAUGGGGAGCACGAGCCGGAUAACUGGACUGGGGGCGGAGAUCCGACUGGAGAAGACUGUGCAGCCAUUGGUGACAAGAGUGGAGUACUUGACAAAUGGUUUGAUGCAUCAUGCACUGAACAAAAAAGAUUUGUGUGUGAAAAGUGACUUUCACAUACUACUGAGCAAUGGAGACAGAUAUGCCUACAGAUUUACGUACACCAGUUAUAGGCUAGUAGGAAAUAUAUGGUAAAGACCGUUUCUCAUUUUGCUGUCAGCAUUGUAUCAGUGCUUAUGCUUGUGAUCAAAGUUCUUGGCCCAAAGACCAAUGGCUUUUCCUCUGGUAGUUGAAAGCUUAGUACCCAUUUGCAAUGAUAAUGGUUUGCUUUGUAGAAAUAUUUGCACCCCAAAUAGUAAGUAUAACCGAUGAUUACUUUUUUGUAUAAAUGUAAAAGGUAUUCCAGGAAAGAUUAGACAUUUUGGGAGGUGAUUUUCCAAAACAUAACUGGCAUUUGGACUCCAUUUGAGGACGAUCAUAUAAUUGUGGUGACUUUCAAAAGUGAUGAAACGCUGAUUAGACUCCUUUACCACUCGUGCACAGGGCUCUGAAAACGGGCACAUACAGGGAAUUAAAUACAUAAAGCAUAAACACAACUGCUAUCACAAUUAAGUGUUCAGAACACCACCUUAUAUGCUUCCCUAUUCUGCUGUGUCUGAAUCACAUGAGAGAAAGAUGUCAUUUGUCAAUUGCUUCACCACUAAAGACAUAGAUAAUGCCAAAAUAACAUUCAGGAAAUGCAUGACUUAAAAAAAAACAAACAAAAAAAACAAUAUUUAGACUUCAGAGAUUUUUAGAAACAUAUCCAGAAGUCAUGCAUUAACUUACAUGUUACUGUACCAGUGACCAUGGCUUGGAACAUGUGUGACAGGACAGGGCAUAAUGGCUUGUCGCAAUAGCAAAUGUACAGUAGAUACAUUAUUUGCUAACAGUAAUAAUAUUUACUGCGUAAUAUUUAUUUUUGAUUUAUUCCCAAUUGACUGCAUAGAGACAGAUCUGCCAGAGAAUUAUGUGAAUGUGAUACAUUAGAAAGGUACAAAUGCAAUCAUACUGUAACUUCUGCACUUCAGAUUAGCCUGGAGUUAACUUAUUUUUAUCAUAACUAUUAUUGUACAUCUAACAACCUGUGAAGCUUUCCAUACAAAUUAUCCUGCUAUUCCUGCCUUUUACAACUGUGGACAGAUGCCUAUCAAGUGAUGAACAGCUUAGUGCACACUACACAGGUGUAAAACAACUUAUUUACAGAGAGCUGUUGGGGAAAAAUUCAUCAGAGCUGGUCAAAAGGCCAGACUUGGGAUAGGCAGUUGUACCUGCAUGCUUUUUCUGGUAUGUCCUUUCAUACACUUAUAUAAACUGAAUUAUCGGCACUUGUGCA